AUUUCUUCUUGAAUCAUGUCAAAUCACACUGAAGAUAAAAUACCUUAUACACCUUCUUCGUUUCUAUCCAGGAUGACGAUUAAUUCUCAAUCCAAUGGUCUUUCUCGUAUUCGUCCUUCACAACGAUUUGAAUUAAGCACUACUUCUUUUCAAGAGAGAUUGAUGCGUAAAAUGUAUGAAGAAGAGUUGAAUUCAGGUCAUCCUAAUCUUACUAUGAUGAUUGGCCCUGAAAAGAUUAGUAUGUAUAAAACAAAGCAAUCAAGCCCUAUUUCUUGUGCUGAAGACAAUGAUGAUGAUGAAUCUGAUAACGAUGAUUUAUUCUCGUCUGAUUUAUACAGCAUAAACGCAUCUGAUUGUAUGAUGACAACCCAAUCUAUCUUUGACCAGCAAGAAGAUACUAUGGAAGAUGAUGUCUAUGAUGCGACAGAUGAUUGGUUGUCAUGCAUUUACCAUGACAACCAAGAUCCUUCUUGUGUACCUAGCAACAUACAACAAGUAACAAAUCAACCUGACGAAGAAAAUCAACCCACACCUAUGCACAUGGCUCGUCAAUUAUCAUCAAAACGUAUUUAUCCUCUUAAUGAAAACAAUGAAAUUGAAGAAAGACAACCCUUAGCUGAAAUUUAUCUUGCUCAUGAUUUAUCAGAUGUUGAAGACUAUCCAGCUAAAAAGAAAGUGAUUGUCAUCAAAAAUAACAAACCACGCAAAAUACGCCUUAUGCGAAGUCUUUCUCCUCCUCGCUUUCCUACCAAGAACAAAGAGUAGCUAACACUUUAACUCUAUAUGUAUAUGUUCAAAUACCCCCCCCUCUCCAUUGUGUAUAUUCUUUGCAUAGCAUGACAUGUUAAUAAUAAAUCUGACGCGUUUUUUUUUUUUA